AUGUCUUCGUUGCGAUUGACCAUCGAGGACGGCCAGUUCCGCGACGGCUACGGCAGACAGGUCGUCCUCCGGGGUCUCAACGUCGCCGCCGACGCCAAGCUGCCCAGCGAGCCAGACCAGCCCUCGCACGUCGGCGAAGACUUCUUCGACGGCGACAACGUCAAGUUCCACAACAGGCCCUUCCCCAAGGAGGAGGCGCACGAGCACUUCUCCAGGAUAAAGCGAUACGGCUACAACACCAUCCGUUAUGUCUUCACAUGGGAGGCAAUCGAGGCCGCCGGCCCCGGACGCUACGAUGAGGAAUGGAUACAGCACACGAUUGAGAUUUUGAGGAUAGCCAAAGAGUAUGGUUUCUAUGUCUUUAUGGAUCCCCACCAGGACGUGUGGUCCAGGUUCUGUGGAGGCUCCGGCGCGCCCAUGUGGACGAUCUACGCCUGCGGCCUCAACCCCCAAAGUUUCGCAGCGACCGAGGCUGCCAUCGUACACAACACCUACCCCAAGCCAGACGAGUUCCCCAAGAUGAUCUGGUCGACGAACUACUGGCGCCUGGCCGCCGCCACUAUCUUCACCAUGUACUUUGGCGGCAGGGACUUUGCGCCCAAGUGCAUUAUCAACGGUAUCAACAUUCAAGACUUCUUGCAGGGCCAUUUUGUCGCUGCUUGUGCGCACCUCGCCAAGCGUAUACACGAGGCCGGCGAUCUCGAGAACGAGGUGGUCGUGGGUUGGGAGAGCAUGAACGAACCUGGGUGCGGCCUGGUGGGCUACGCCGACGUCAGCGUCAUUCCCAGCGCACAGAAACUGAAAAAGGGCUCGUGUCCGACCAUCUGGCAGACUAUUUUGACGGGGUCUGGCCGUGCCUGCGAGGUGGAAACUUGGGACAUGGGUGGCAUGGGCCCGUACAAGGUCGGCCGCUCGUUGAUCGACCCCCACGGCGAGAUUGCGUGGUUGCCCGCGGACUACGACGACUCGAGGUAUGGAUGGAAGCGUGACGAGGGAUGGAAGUUGGGAGAGUGCAUCUGGGCCCAGCAUGGUAUCUGGGACCCCAAGACGGACACGCUACUCAAGAAGGAUUACUUUGCGAAAAACCCGAACACCGGAAAGACGAUCGACCACCCGGAGUUUACUAACACCUAUUUCAUGCACUCUUAUCGUCUCUACAGAGACGCUAUCCGCCCUAUUCACAAGAACUGCAUCAUGCUAAUGCAGUAUCCUACACUGGAGUUGCCGCCACAGAUCAAGGGCACCGAGGACGACGACCCGUUGAUGGGCUUCUCGCCACAUUGGUACGAUGGUAUUACCCUGAUGACGAAGCGAUGGAACAGAGUUUGGAACGUUGACGUCGUGGGCGUGCUACGCGGGAGGUACUGGCAUGAGGCGCUAUCGGUCAAGGUCGGAGAGACUGCUAUUCGCAACUGCUUCAAGGACCAGCUAGCAUCGCUGCGCCAGGAGGGAAUUGACCGCAUGGGCAAGCAUCCUUGUGUUAUGACUGAGUUCGGCAUUCCUUAUGAUAUGGGUGACAAGAAGGCAUACAAGACGGGAGAUUAUACGGAUCAAUCACUAGCUUUGGACGCCAACUACUUUGGAGCCGAAGGCUCGGGCAUGGAAGGCCACUGUUUGUGGGUCUACGUUGCAAAGAACACACAUCAACACGGCGAUUUAUGGAACGGCGAAGACCUGUCAGUAUUCUCAUUAGACGACAAGACGCUGCCCAUGUCGCCCCUCCCCCGAAGCCCGGAACCCAGACAGUCGGCAGAAAACCCCCGUACCUCCAUCAGCAGAGACGUGCCAGACGAGACAAAGGUCACUCCCGAUAACCUCCAGAGGACAAUCACAAACCCGUCCAUCUCAACAGAGCCAACCAAGGACCCUACCAUCACCAACGCGCCAGGCCUCCGCGCCGCCGAAGCCUUCGUCCGCCCCAGCCCCGUUGUGGUCUCAGGCGACGUGCUGCAGUACGGCUUCGACCUGCGCAGCUGCACCUUCAACCUCAAACUCAAGGCCGCCGCGCCACCCUCAGACCCCGCCCCGACGGUCGUCUUCCUCCCUGAGUUCCACUUCCCGCAAGACAACUGCCAAGUCGAGGUGUCGUCCGGCAAGUGGGCCAUCAGCAUGGACGACGACGAGGGCCCGCUCGUGCAGAAGCUGAAAUGGUGGCACGGCGAUGGCGAGCAGACGCUCAAGGUCAGCGGCCUGGUGAGACAGCACAAUGUCGCGGAGGGGUCCGAGGAGGAUAUGGGCUACCUCGAGCAGUGCCAGAAGAACUACGCCAACUGCAGCGUGAUGUAA